AUGGGCCCCAGGAGCCACCACCUCAGCCUCGGCCUCUCUGUCUCCAGCCUGGGCCUUCUGCUCCUGCUCCCACUCCUUCCAGAGUGCUUGGGAGCCAAGGGCAGGCUGGCACACAAGCUGUUCCGAGACCUCUUUGCCAACUACACCAGUGCCCUGAGACCUGUGGCAGACACAGACCAGGCCCUGAAUGUAACCCUGGAGGUGACACUGUCCCAGAUCAUCGAUAUGGAUGAGCGGAAUCAGGUGCUGACCCUGUACCUGUGGAUCCGACAGGAGUGGACAGACGCCUACCUACGAUGGGACCCUGACGCCUAUGGUGGUCUGGAUGCCAUCCGCAUCCCCAGCAGUCUCGUGUGGAGGCCGGACAUCGUACUCUAUAACAAGGCGGACGCGCAGGCCCCGGCCUCGGCCAGCACCAACGUGGUCCUGCGGCACGACGGCGCUGUGCGCUGGGACGCGCCGGCCAUCACGCGCAGCUCCUGCCGCGUGGACGUGUCGGCCUUCCCGUUCGACGCGCAGCGCUGCGGCCUGACCUUCGGCUCGUGGACACACGGCGGGCACCAGCUGGACGUUCGGCCGCACGGCGCCGCCGCCAGCCUGGCCGACUUCGUGGAGAACGUGGAGUGGCGCGUGCUGGGCAUGCCAGCCCGGCGGCGCGUGCUCACCUAUGGCUGCUGCUCCGAGCCCUACCCGGACGUGACCUUCACACUGCUGCUGCGCCGCCGCGCCGCCGCCUACGUGUGCAACCUGCUGCUGCCCUGCGUGCUCAUCUCGCUGCUGGCGCCGCUCGCCUUCCACCUGCCCGCGGACUCGGGCGAGAAGGUGUCGCUGGGCGUCACCGUGCUGCUGGCGCUCACCGUCUUCCAGCUGAUCCUGGCCGAGAGCAUGCCACCGGCAGAGAGCGUGCCGCUCAUCGGAAAGUACUACAUGGCCACCAUGACCAUGGUCACCUUCUCCACGGCGCUCACCAUCCUGAUCAUGAACCUGCAUUACUGUGGCCCCAGUGCCCGCCCUGUGCCAGCCUGGGCUCGGGCCCUCCUGCUCGGAUGCCUGGCACGGGGCCUGUGUGUGCGGGAACGAGGGGAGCCCUGUGGGCAGUCUAGACCACCUGAGUCAUCCCCCAGUCCCCAGCCUCCUGACAGAGGCACUGGCCCCCCAGCAGGUCCCUGCCAUGAGCCCCGGUGUCUGUGCCAUCAGGAAGCCCUGCUGCGUCAUGUGGCCACCAUCGCCAACGCCUUCCACAGCCACCGGGCUGCCCAGCGCCGCCAUGAGGACUGGAAGCGCCUGGCCCGGGUCAUGGACCGUUUCUUCCUGGGCAUCUUCUUCUCCAUGGCUCUGAUCAUGAGCCUUCUGGUGCUGGUGCGGGCCCUGUGA